UUCGCGUUUGUUAUGGGUGGUGUACUACUUCCGUGAAUAUUUAUCAUAAACGAAAGGCUUUUCACUAAAUGUAACAAAAGAUGUAAAUCGAAUUAUGAUCAUGAGUGUUAAAGUAAUUAUUAUAAUAAGUAUUGUGCUCUUGGUCUCAUGACCAGUUAGGUUUCAACGCGCGAUCGGUUCAAACGUGUACGAUGGGCGAAGUUGUUAGUUUAUUUUCCGUCAUAAUAAUGAAAUUUAAAUCGAAGUUCAACCAAAGUAAAAUUUAUUUCCACUGCGAGCUUCCUUGGGAGAAACUGAAAUCUGUAAAAUGGAUGAACGAGAGGGCUACAUCGAAUAAAGCUUACGUUCCCACCAAGGUGGAAAAUGUAGCCAACGUGUGUACGCAUGCGCUGUGCGUGGCGCCCGCGUCUCUCGGCGCGCGGGAACUCCUCACGCGCUCUAUGAACGCGCCGCAAGCGAUCGCCGCGAUUGUCUAUGGUCUCGCGCUGUGUCUGCUCUUCGCGGUAUCCACCACCUUCCAUUCUGUUUGCUGCUGUGGAUCUGACAGCAAAAUGAAACACUUCCUCCACCGCUGCGACCGUGCCAUGAUAUACAUAUUCAUCGCAAGCUCCUACUUCCCCUGGCUGACCGUGGGCACGCUCUCUUGCUGGAUGCUCCGGGAACUUCGCUGGGCGAUCUGGCUCCUAGCAGUGCUGGGCAUCACAUACCAGCAGAUAUUCCACGAGCGAUACAAGAUGUUGGAGCUGCUUCUGUACUUGGUCAUGGGGCUCGGACCGGCUGUGAUCAUUGUCACGUCAAAUCACCAGUUUCCGGCGAUGCACGACCUCAAGCUAGGUGGUAUGUUGUAUCUCAUAGGGGUGUUUUUCUUUAAAUCAGACGGGCGCAUUCCAUUCGCGCACGCAAUCUGGCAUAUGUUCGUGGCCCUCGCCGCGAGCGUUCACUACCUCGCCAUCCUGCGCCAUCUCUUCCCCGAACUCAAAACUCAAUGAAGACUGCCCUAUUCAAUCUCAAUUAGAGCUCUCUAAGCUAUUCUCGUAUAACUCGAUAACUGGAUAAUUUGUGCGGUCAGGCGACAUGUCAAUUGCCUGCCCCCCGGUAUCUAUCAAUGGCAAUUACGUACUUGAAGAGCGAAAACAUUUUAACCUAAAAUGUGAUUUAAAAAUCGUAAAAUGACCAAAGAAAUCUGGAAAAAGUUGUGGAAAAUGUUAUCGAGCUAUACGAUUUGUUUUCCAGUUAUAAAAAUCUUUGUCUAGAUUAAAUUUGAAGUAAUUUCUAGUCUAUAGUAGAACUAUUUCGUGGUCUAUGUUAAUGUUUUUAAUCCUUGGCUAAAAAGAGCGGCAUUUCACUAGGAGCAAAGGUUUCGUUACGCAAGUAAACCGAA